AUGACAUCCGAGCGCGGCAGCAGCCCCAACCGGGAGCCUACUCCAACCCUUCCCCUAUCCUCGAUCCCGCAGAAGCGCGCCCUCGAAGAAGGCCGUCACAGCCCCGUCGUUCCCUCGCCAUUGAACCCCGAAGUCAGGCCCUCCGAGUCUCUGGCCCCCGAAGAUGCUGCUGCGCAAGCUGCCCGUUCCAAGUCGGCCCGUACAAAGAAGGACACGCUCAAGAAACGCGAGGCCAAGGGCGGUGACAGUGCCCGCGCGACUCCGGAUCCAAGGGCAAAGGAACCAAAGCAGAGCGAAUCUAGUCCGCUACGCUACAAGCUUGCGCCUCCCAAGCCGUCCGACUUUGACCCCCCACGAGGGCCUGUCUUGACGGCGCACCACGAAAUCACUACUCCCAGCGGUGAAGCGGUCGAGUUUUUUGAGACAUCUGAUCAUGUUUCCAACAAGAAGAACUUCCGCUACACGCAUUGUAUCGCUGACCCCCUCUUCCCAUCCAUGAUCUACUAUCGAGGUACCGAGCCUGAACCUUUCGGGCCCCGCAUGAGCUUCGAAGACUCUGCGGGGCACGUCUUCUUCGACAAGUCGGCGCGACAAGUCACAACUGAUAAAGGGUUUCGAAUGGCACGGGCGAAUGUAGCUGUAAGAGAGGGUCGGUGGUAUUGGGAGUGCAAAAUCACACAAGGAAUUAGACCGCCCAAGGAUGGCGAGUCCAAACCAGACGGUGGACGACAUGUUCGCAUGGGCUGGGCAAGACGGGAGGCAUCUCUAGAUGCGCCCGUGGGAUUCGAUGCCUACAGCUAUGGCAUCCGAGAUGUCGCGGGAGAAAAGGUCCAUAUGUCACGGCCCAAAGAAUUCUUCCCCGAGGGAGAAGGCAUCCGAGAAGGUGAUGUCAUUGGACUGGAGAUUCAACUGCCAUCAGAACAUCUUCAUCGCAAGAUUAUGACUGGACAGUACAACCCGCUAGUCGACCAGGCUGACGAGGAGCCUGCGCCUUCGGCUGAAGCGCACAACAUUGUGCGCGAUCGCGUCCCCAUCCGCUUCAAGGCUCACACCUAUUUCGAAAAAAUCGAAUAUCACACGACAAAGGAGCUGGAGGAUCUCAUGAACCCGGCUUCUACAAGUGUCAACAAUACCUCAGAAGCACCCGGGCCUACUCAUCCGACUCCAGGCCUCCGUACCCUUCCCAACUCACGUAUCAGAGUAUACAAGAACGGCGUUCUCAUGGGCACCCCCUUUGAGAACCUCCUUGGCUUCCUCCCUCCUGCGUCUCGCCCGAUGCCUCAAGUGGGCGCCCGCGAAGGCCUCGACGACGGCAUGCUGGGAUACUACCCUGCCGUGAGCGUCUUUCGUGGUGGCGCCGUCGAGGUCAACUUUGGGCCAGACUUUUGGUAUCCCCCAACCGACGACACCACAAACGGCGACGUGGAUAUGGUCUCACGUUCCAACGCCAGGUUAUCCAAGCUCCACGCUGUUUCAGAGCGUUAUCGCGACCAGAUCGCUGAGGAUAUUGUCUACGAUAUUAUCGACGAGGUUGACUUCUGGAUGCAGGAUGGUGGGGGUGCAACAGAUCGCCAAGGCGUGAGCGCCAAGAGCGAAGCUGUUGCCAUGGCGCCAGGACGGGAAGAGAUCAAGGAGCUGGUCCAGGAUGAUUGA